AUGCCCAAACUGUUCACGAUCGAACCUGCUCUCGAUUCAAGCGGCUCCACCAGGAAUCUGUUCAGUACAUUCAACAGCACUUGGCAAACCAAUCCCAACUUUCCGUGGAAACCCCAAUGGAGAUCGACCAGCCUCCUCCACCAACGCCACCACGACCACCCUCCCCUCCAGCCACUCGGCCCAGUGGACUUCCCAACCGGCGCACUCGAGUCCCUUCUAAGUUCAACGACGCAGCACCACCACGACCACCACCGGCUUCGACGACGACGCGACGGUCAGAAUCAGAUCUCACAGCCUACCUUCGCAUCUCCACCAAGUGCGCCAUCUCCCGCGCCACCUGACGCUGCCCCGUCGCUUCCAUCACCUCCAAAAGAUUGGGUACAAACUUUGCCCAAUGCAUUUGGUCUCUACAAGAUUUAUCCUCGUCGCCCAACUCACGAUCCUGAUGAGUCUGUGGGCCUCUCCGACCUGUAUCGGGUGCCCAAACCUGGUGAUCCGGCUCUACAAACUCUUCCACUUCCACCGGAGCCAUGGUACUACCCCUUCCCCAACGUUUCAGUCGCGCAUAUGAUGAAAUACCAUGUCGAAGAAGAGCAUCCACAGUCCAUCGCUGGAUUCGAUCGGUUGAUUACGAACUUCCUGCAUCCGAACGAGGAGGCACAGUCAGAUGGAAUCUCUUUGCAUGAAUUGCCAACGCCGUUUUCUACCCAAAAGUUCUUAGACCAGCUCGACAAGAACGGUAUCACACCACUUGGUUUUGCAAGGGCCUCUUUUCCAACGGUUCCAUACCACUCCAUUUUCACUGCGCGCGCUAUUCCUGAAUCCGACUUGCUGUCACCCGUUAUGGCCGAGGAUGACGCACCAACUCUGAACGAGUAUGGGCUACCUCCUCUCCUCCCUGGCCACGAAGAAAUAUUCAGCGAGAUUUAUACUUCCCCCGCAAUGCUUGAAGCCUAUCACGCCAUUCCCCAGCCCCCGGCUCCUCAAACUCCCGAUGAUGCUGUAGAGAGUAUCGUCAUUGCACUAAUGAUGUGGUCUGAUGCAACCCAUCUCGCACAAUUCGGCACUGCAUCCCUCUGGCCAGGCUACACUUUCUUUGGAAAUCACCCCAAAGAAUUUCGUGGCAAACCAACAUCCAACGCUGGGUUUCAUCAAGUUUAUUUCGCUUCGCUUCCAGAUUCUGUCCGUGACUCAUAUCGUCAGCAAUAUGGUUGUGAUAUGCCCGAUGAGGUAUAUACUCACCUGAAGCGCGAACUUAUCCACGCGAUUUGGGAGCUAUUACUGUCCGACGAAUUUAUGGACGCUUACGAUAACGGCAUUAAAAUCAAGUGUUGGGAUGGGCUUGUUCGGUUGGUAUUUCCGCGUUUCCUCAUAUAUGGCGCAGACUAUCCAGAAAAAGUUCUCCUUGCAACGAUUCGAAGCUUCGGCGGUUGCCCUUGUCCCCGGUGUUUUAUACAGAAGGGGCAGAUCAUGGAGACGGGCACUGUCAAUGACAUGAAGCGUCGGAGUAACAUUCGAGUGGAGGAUCAUGCACGACGGUCAACCAUCGAGUCCGCCCGGGCGGCCAUCUUUGGCAACGGAAAUGCAGUUGCUGGUUCCGCCAUCGACAAAAUGCUCAAGGCACAAUCUUGGGCGCCUACCCGAGCGAGUAUUUACCACACGCAUAUCAUUCGCUUUGCUCAUUUGCCUAGAAUGCUUUCUCAAAACUGGAUACGAUCAAGACGCCGUUCAAUCUGUUCACAAUGGGUCGCCAAAGCCAUCGUCAUCCAUAUUAUUCGAAUGUUACACGCCUUCAAGAACAUUGAUGAAUUUGACCAACGAUUCCGGCAGGUUCCCACCUUCGGGCGUAGUACCAUCCGUUCUUUCUGCAAGAACGUGUCCGAGUUAAAGUACGCUGCCGCCAGAAACUACGAAGACAUCAUACAGUGUAUUCUUCCGGUUCUCGAAGGAUUAUUUCCUAUGCAUCAAGCACUGAUCGACAAACUUGCUUUCGAAUUAGCAAUCUGGCACGGAUAUGCCAAGCUCCGGAUGCAUACUACGUCUACUAUCCAGCUCUUUCGCCUGGCGACCAAAGAUCUUUGCGCUACCAUCCGUCGUUUUGCUCGUGAAACUGUGAAUGUCAAAACCUACGAGCUUCCCAGAGAAACAAGGCGACGAAUGAACCAACCAUCCAAGACCCCUCCACCAAACUUAUCCGCUCCCGCCCCGCCGACGUCGGACAAUUCACCAAUACCUUCCGCCUCAUCGCAGUCUGCUACCCAGGCUGUGGCAACACCUCCGAUCUCGAAGAAGAAGACGCCCGCUCAGAGGCUGGAAAAGCCAUUCAACUUGAUCACAUACAAGCUUCACGCAAUCCCCGAUUACCCCGAUGCUAUUGCGCGGUUUGGAACGACUGAUUCUACUUCCACCCAAAAUGGAGAAGUUGCACACCGUCUCGUGAAGUAUUUCUACCAACGAACCAACAAACGAGAACAUGUAAGGCAGAUUGCGAAGCAUGAACAACGUCGACGAUUAAUGAGGGCCAUGUGGGAACGAAGGAGGCGGUACAAGGAAGCGGAGAAAGGAAAUGUCAACCCACCCUCGGCCUCGAAUAUUUCCACUUACGCCAACUCCACGAUUUCGCACAAAGCCACUACCUAUAGCCAUUAUACAUACGUGCCUCCGGAACAACAUCAUUACAUCUCGGAUUCCACCCGAACAUCGAUUCGUCUCUCAGACUUUGUCGACACGGACUUGCACUCAGACACUGACACGGACUCGGAUGGUGGAGAUGGUCCAAUGGCUAUUGACCCACCCGAUCCUGUAAUACCUGACCCUGCACUACAUAAUUUUACGCGCAAGUUAAAGUCUCAUCUACGACAAAGGCUCCUGGGCUCGGAGUACGAUGGUGACGACACAUGUUUCACCGAUGAAGAGCUCAUAAAUGUGGUACUCGAGAAGGACGCCCUUUAUAGUCAUGCCACUCUGCGAGUGAACUUCACCACUUACGAUCUCCGAAGAGACCAAGACGUCAUCAACCCCCGGACCCGGAAAUUCUGCAUCGUUGCGGGUCAAGACCCACAGGACUCGGACUCCCAUGAACUCUGGUACGGCGAAGUCCUUGGGAUUUUUCACGCCCGUGUGCUUCUGGCCGACCAGCCUAACAAAGCUCAGCGUAUGGAGUUCCUUUGGAUGCGGUGGCUGCAGCGUGAUGCGACCUACCGAUGUGGUCUAAAGGCUAAGCGCCUGCCUCGCGUACACUAUAUGCCUCAUGACGUUCCCGAUACAUUUGGCUUCUUGGACCCCAGCGAUAUUAUUCGUGGCUGUCAUCUCAUCCCAGCAUUUGCUCAUGGCCGCACUACAAAAUAUCUUCCUAAAUCUAUGGCUCGACGGGCAUCUGAACAAGACGAAGACUGGAAAUAUUUUUAUGUCAAUAUGGUCGUCGAUCGAGAUAUGAUGAUGCGGUAUCAUGAUCGCGUCAUUGGUCACCGCAAGACUCGAGCUCCAACGAGCAAUCCCACAACAGAACAGGACCAAAUAACCGAAGAAGUUGUCGAUGAUGAUGUGGUGGCUGAUAUGGCGGAGGAGGUCAAUGCGGCGGCUUUUGUGGCGGAAGAUGAAGAAAGAGGGGAGCCAGAUGACUGGGUUGCAGAGGGUGUCAAUUUUGAUUCGGAUAGUGAGCGUGAAGAAGACGAGGGUGGCGAAGACGAAGAUUCACUCGGUGCUACUAUUGUAAGCAGAUUAGGUUAUGAUUCAGAAUAA